AUGUGCAUUAAAGGAAGGGGGGGGUAUCCACACGCGGGUCGCCGGCUGGCUGAAGACAGUGAUUCCGACUCCGUCUUCGCGGCGACAUGUGAGGCUUGGCUAGAUGACGAUUCUGAAAGUGAGCCUUCUGAAGAAGAACCAGAUACCUCACCAGGCACAGCGUCUUCCAGUAUUUCUUUAGAGAGCCCACAGGGAAAAGUUGAAUCACCGGAGCAAGCCAAACACAGGGAAUUAGGAACUGCUUUGAAAUAUCUGAGUCGUGUGGAAUUUCCUGAUGAGGGCGCUUCUCAGGAUGUGGUUGUAGAACAGGAAUACACGGGCGCCAACGAACAAGCGUGGAUGAGAGUGGUGCGGACUGUGGAUCCUACCACUGAUCCGUGGAGUAAUGUUUUACCUGCAGGUGUUUUUCUUCCCAGCCAGCUAUGGGAAACAGAAGAAGCAGAACCGGGUCCUUCUGCAAAAGAUGAAACUAGCAAAUCUGAUGUGCCCGAAACCUCCCCACAGCCAAGUACUUCUGGAGCUGGUGUCAGCAGCCAAUCUGAUGCGCCCGAAAAACGCGAACGGCCAGUUCCUCAAUCGAUUCGUAGACCCACGGCUUCGCAGACCAGCACUGCGGCACCGCUGUUGCUUUCCAGAGUUAACAAUGACACGCACCCCUUCUUUCGCUUGCCUUCUGCGGAUACAAGUGGCUACCGCGUGCAUUUCAAUCCAGAUACAUCUGCUCUAUCUCGUGAGGGAGCUAGAAUAGUGCAUCCGUUAUUGAUCGAGGUGCGCCGUAAGCUUAUCAAACAAGCACUGACUAAAGAGGAUCUAGUGGAGUUGGCCGGUUUGGCGGAAAAACUUAUGGCUAAUUUACUCUUUUUCCACGAGUAUGAACUGCCUUCCGCUCCCAGCCGACUUGUCGAGGCUCUGGGAAAGCGCUUUCUCGCAUUGGAUGCCCUUGUCUCCGUUCUCGAAGUCCUAGGAGUGGAGCGGCAAGGCCCUUCAAGCAACCUUACUGUUAGUAUUAAGCGACGGCUGUUCUGCUCGCGGAAUACUGACCGUUAUUACAGAAGGCCCUGGUUUAACCCUUGGAGACAAGACGACAGGGAGUUUUUGAUUUCACAGGAACAACAGCAACAAAAGAAGGAGUAA